GGGGCCUGUACUUGGAGAAAGAAACGAUUUUUUUCAAAUCUGUGAACAGGACAUUUUUCUUUAAUGUCAAAAUAAACCAUCUGCUUGUACAACUGUUUCUAAUUACUUCCCAGCCUAGACGCUCCACUUGAGGGGUUUGGUACCAGCACCCCGCCCAGAGCGGUGCCGCUGCCCGGGUCCUCACAGGCAGCUCAUCGACGCACUGGCAGCUCGGGGAGAGCCUGGACCUGCGCGCCGGGGUGUCUGGGUCCGUCUGCCGGGCCAUCUGCCAGGGGCACCUCUCCGCCCUGCAGCCUCCGCGAGUCCCGUGCCGCAGAGGCGCCGCCGCCUGCCCAGCGCGGGGCUCAGCAUGCGUCCCGCAGGCUUCAGGAACUUCUUGCUGCUGGCGUCCUCCCUGCUGUUCGCGGGGCUGUCAGCUGCUCCUCCAAGCUUCUCGCCAUCUCUGAGAAGCGGGCCGGGGGCGGCGUGCAGGCUGGCCCGGGCGGAGUCGGAGCGCCGGUGCCGGGCGCCCGGGCAGCCCCCAGGGGGCGCUUUGUGCCACGGCCGGGGCCGGUGCGACUGCGGGGUCUGCAUCUGUCACGUGAGCGAGCCUGGCAUGUACUUCGGGCCCCUGUGUGAGUGCCACGAGUGGGUGUGCGAGACCUACGACGGCAGCACCUGUGCAGGCCAUGGUAAGUGUGACUGUGGCAAAUGCACAUGUGAUGAAGGGUGGUCCGGGGAUGCGUGCCAGUACCCAACCAACUGCAACCUGACCAGGAGAAAAAGCCACCAGAUGUGCAAGAAUUCUCAAGAUAUCAUCUGCUCUAAUGCCGGUACAUGUCACUGUGGCAGGUGUAAGUGUGAUAAUUCAGAUGGAAAUGGACUUGUUUAUGGUAAAUUUUGUGAGUGUGAUGAUAGAGAAUGCAUAGAUGAUGAAACGGAAGAGAUAUGUGGAGGCCAUGGAAAGUGUUACUGUGGAAACUGUUACUGCGAGGCUGGUUGGCAUGGAGAUAAAUGUGAAUUCCAGUGCGAUAUCACCCCCUGGGAGAGCAAGAGGAGAUGCACGUCUCCAGACGGCAGAAUCUGCAGUAGCAGAGGGACUUGUGUGUGCGGUGAGUGUUCCUGCCACGACGUCGACCCCACUGGAGACUGGGGAGACAUUCAUGGGGACACCUGUGAGUGUGACGAGAGGGACUGUCGAGCUGUCUAUGACAGAUACUCCGAUGACUUCUGUUCAGGUCAUGGGCAAUGUAAUUGUGGAAGAUGCGACUGCAGAGCAGGCUGGUAUGGAAAGAAGUGUGAGCACCCACGUUCCUGCCCGCUGUCGGCCGAGGAGAGCUUCAGGAAGUGCCAAGGCAGGGGUGCUCUGCCCUGCUCUGGAAGGGGUCAGUGUGAAUGUGGCCGAUGUACAUGCUACCCUCCCGGAGAUCGCAGGGUCUACGGCAGGAUGUGUGAGUGUGAUGACCGCCGCUGUGAAGACCUUGACGGUGUGGUCUGCGGAGGCCAUGGCUCGUGUUCCUGUGGUCGCUGCGUUUGUGAGCGAGGCUGGUUUGGAAAGCUCUGCCAGCAUCCCAGGAAGUGCAAUAUGACGGAGGAACAAAGCAAGAGUUUGUGUGAAUCAGCAGAUGGCAUAUUGUGCUCAGGAAAGGGUUCUUGUCACUGUGGAAAGUGCAUUUGUUCUGCUGAAGAAUGGUAUAUUUCGGGAGAAUUCUGCGACUGUGACGACAGGGACUGUGACAAGCACGAUGGUCUCAUCUGCACAGGUAAUGGAAUAUGUAGCUGCGGAAACUGUGAGUGCUGGGAUGGAUGGAAUGGAAAUGCAUGUGAAAUCUGGCUUGGCACGGAAUAUCCUUAAACAGUUCCAUGGAGGAGGAUGGGAUUUUUAUUUCUCUAGGCCAUUAGAACACAUAAAUGCAACGGAAACCAUGUAUAAUCACCAUUAGGGCAGGUCAAACAGACUAUUGUAUGUUUUUCUAUUUCUGAAUGCCUGAAUGAAAUCUGGGUAGCCAUUAAAAAUGAGUUAAGCAAAGUCUGAUGUAAAUCACACCAGAAAGAAAUUUUCUUCCAUAAUCUACAUCAGUGGUUCUCAACGUGGGCGACUCUGCCACCCAGAAAAGAGUUGGCAUUGUCUGCAGACAAUGUUGAUUGUCACACUGGCUGGGAUGGGAGGGUGUGCUACAGGCUUCUAGUGGGUAGAGGCCAGGGAUGCAGCUAAACAUGACAGCGCACAGGACAGCCUCCACCACAGAGAAUUAUCUGACUCAAAAUGUCAAUAUUGCCAGAGUUGUGAAACACUGAAUUACAUGAUUGCUAGAAAUGCACAGCUCUAUGCAAAAAGGACCAUAUUAGCAUCUAAAGGGAAGAUAUAUCCUCACAUAAAUCCAUUGAUUAUAUUUUGCCAGGAUUCCUUAUCAUUCAGCUUUUCUUUAAGGGGACAGUGAAGGCAAACCCACAUGAGGUAUAAAAUUGGGGGUGGGGAACGAGGGGAGUCCAGAGACCUGUUAACCAGUGCUUUUGAAAGAAAAAGAGUGGUCGGUUUUAGCCAUUAAGUCAUUUGUCUAGUCUCACUUUAAACUCACAAAGCAAGAUUCUUUUAUGAUGAAGGAAGAAAGUAUGAAAAAUGUACAAUUUAACAUUUUUAAUAAAUAGUGUUAUAAGUUGUUUA